UCAGCGUGUGGUGCUGGCCCUGCCCACUCCAGUCUUCUUCCUAUUCCUGAAACCCUCUUUUCACCUCUCUCUCUUCACAUUUCUCUCUCAGAUCUCCGAUGACCACCAACACCAACUGAACCUCUCCCCGGGCACAUGGCGGCGUCUUCGGCAAUCUCCUCGGCAGCGUCGAUCUCGAAUCUGCCGCCGCCGUUCCUCAGCAAGACCUACGACAUGGUAGACGAUCGGGCCACCGACUCGGUGGUAUCGUGGAGUAGCGGCAACAACAGCUUUGUUGUCUGGAAUGUUCCGGAGUUCUCUAGAGACCUUUUGCCCAAGUACUUCAAGCACAAUAAUUUCUCCAGCUUUGUGAGGCAGUUGAAUACUUAUGGAUUUAGGAAGGUGGAUCCAGACCGCUGGGAAUUUGCAAAUGAGGGUUUUCUAAGAGGUCAAAAACACCUUUUGAAGAGUAUUAGUAGGCGAAAAUCCACUCAUGUACAUACUCAUAAUCAACAACUACAACAACAACAACAACAACAACAACAACAACAAACACAAGUGCAAAGCUCAUCGGGAGCAUGUGUUGAGGUAGGGAAGUUUGGGCUUGAAGAAGAGGUUGAGCGGCUUAAAAGAGAUAAGAAUGUUCUUAUGCAAGAACUUGUUAGGUUGAGGCAGCAGCAGCAAACAACUGAUCACCAGUUGCAAACUGUUGGGCAGCGUGUUCAAGAUAUGGAGCAACGGCAGCAACAAAUGAUGUCAUUCCUUGCAAAAGCUGUACAAAGCCCUGGUUUCUUAGCUCAGCUGGUACAGCAGCAGAAUGAUAGCAAAAGGCGCAUUACAGGUGUCAAUAAGAAAAGGAGACUUCCAAAGCAGGAGGAAGAGAUCCAUUCUGCUAAGCAUGCUACCACUGCUCCAGAUGGGCGGGUUGUCAAGUACCAGCCUCUAAUGAAUGAGGCUGCAAAAGCAAUGUUGCGACAGAUCUUGAAGAUGAAUGCGACUCCAAGGCGAGAGCCUUCCAUUAACCCUGAUGCUUUCCUAAUUGAUGAUGUUCCAUCCUCCAAUGCAUUAGAUAGUUUGAGCUCAUCAAGUCGGGUUUCAGGAGUGACCCUUGCAGAAGUUCCACCAUCUGGUCAGUCUUACUUGCCAGUGGAGUCAGCAUAUUCAUCCAAUCAUCUAUCAGCUGGCAUCUCUGAGACCCAGUCUUCCCCCACUGUCAUGACUGACUCAGUAAAAGCAGCUCAAUUCCCAGAAGUCAAUGUACCUAAUUCUCAGGAAGAUACUGUCUUGACUGACUUCACUCAAAUGGAAGGAAUCAUUCCAGAAAGCACGGUUGAAAUCCCUAAUGUUGGCAUGGUUGGCACUGAAAAUGGGAGUCCAGGGUAUAUGGAUCCAAUGGCAGGCAUUUUAGAUGGGGUAGUUCCUGCAGACACUGACGAGUUCUCGCUCGAUUCCAAUGUAGAUAGCUUGCUGGAUGGGAUACCCAAGCUUCCCAGCAUUAAUGAUGCUUUCUGGGAACAGUUUCUUGCAGCAAGCCCACUCACUGGUGACACAGAUGAGAUUCAUUCAAGCAUGCUGGAAGAUAAUGUGGUCAAUGUACAUGAGUUACAGCCAGGGGUGAACGGAUGGAAUAAUACCCAGCAUAUGGAUCAUCUUACAGAACGAAUGGGCCUUCUUGCAUCAAAGGCCAAGGGGAUGUGAUCUUGUGUUACCAUUUGUACAUUUGUUUCUUGUCGAGAGGUUGAUGAACUGUGCCGCUGGGCAGACAAAGCUUUUGUUCAACAACGAAUUAGCAGUUAAAAUAGAAGCUUAAAGAAAUUUCUCCCUCACUCUCCUCAUCUUUAUGUUGUAAAUUUUGUUUUCUGCAUGGUUUAUCUGAGAAUCCUUUACAAAAAUUUAUAAUGCGGUUUAUUUAUGUCAUCAUCUAUGUUAACAUAAACUCCUUUGGCAAAUUGUAGGAUGGUAGUAAUCAGAGCUUAGGAUUUCUUUUUAU